ACCACCCAGCCCAGCACCCACCAUGGCUGACACCUGCUGCACCAGGACGUAUGUGAUUGCUGCAUCCACCAUGUCUGUCUGCUCCAGUGAUGUGGGCUGUGUCAGCCGAGUCUCCUCCCCCAGCACCUGCACUGGCUCCUCCUGGCAGGUGGACAAUUGCCAGGAAAGCUGCUGCGAGCCCCGCUCCUGUGCCUCCAGCUGCUGUACCCCCAGCUGCUGUGCCCCAGCCCCCUGCCUGGCACUGGUCUGUGCCCCAGUGAGCUGUGAGCCCAGCCCCUGUCAAUCAGGCUGCACCAACUCCUGCACACCUUCAUGCUGCCAGCAGUCUAGCUGCCAGCCGGCUUGCUGCACCUCCUCCUCCUGCCAACAGGCCUGCUGUGUGCCUGCGUGCUGCAAGUCCAUCUGCUGCAAGCCCGUGUGCUGCGUGUCCAUGUGCUCUGGAGCUUCCUCCCCAUGCUGCCAGCAGUCUAGCUGCCAGUCAGCUUGCCGCACCUUCUCCCCAUGCCAACAGGCCUGCUGUGUGCCUAUCUGCCGCAAGCCCAUCUGCUGUGUGCCUGUCUGCUCUGGGGCUUCCUCUCUGUGCUGCCAGAAGUCUAGCUGCCAGCCGGCGUGCUGCACCACCUCCUGCUACAGACCCUCCUCCUCCGUGUCCCUCCUCUGCCACCCUGUAUGCAGGCCCACCUGCUGUGUGCCUGUCCCCUCCUGUUGUGUCCCCGCCUCCUCCUGCCAGCCCAGCUGCUGCCACCCGGCCUCCUGCCUGUCCCUCCUCUGCCACCCUGCAUGCUCCCGCCCAGCCUGCUGAGCCCUCUGCUCAGGCCAGGAGUCCAGCUGCUGAUGUGCACAUCCCCCAGGGCCAGCUGGCUCAGGUCCUGACCU